AAUCAAGGUGGAUUCAAGCUCAAUGUUUGGAACAAACAAAAAGAUCAUUGCAGAAGAAAUUGCAAAGGAGGAGGAAGAGUACAAAAACAAUGCUCCGAUUGUAGAAAUCUCCAAGCAAUGUAAAUCACAACAGGCAGCAGCACAAGAUAAACUGAAAUCUAUAGCUUUGCCGCAAGUCUUCAAGCGUGGGGAGCAUGGAAGCCUCCAGUUCAGGAUAUCAAGAGAAUCUCCUGUAAAUUCGAAAGAGGAAGAGUAUGCUGCAACUACAGAAUUGGAAACCGGAGGGAAGCAAUCGCCCAGUUCAGUUGCGGAGGACGAAGAACAUAACAAAGGAGAUAAAGAGAACGAGUUCAGGUGCUUAGCAAGGCGAGACAUGAGAAUCUGGUCAUGCUCUUGGGAUCUUGCUCCGAAGGCAACCAUUGGCUCCUCGUGUAUGAAGCAUACCCGGAGACCUCUGAGUUGGGAGAAAAGGAUGAAGAUUGCACUGGGAGCUGCCACAGGAUUACAGUAUCUGCACGAAAACAAUAUCAUACAUAGAGAUAUGAGGCCAAACAAUAUCCUUGUUACUCAUGAUUAUGAAGCAGUGCUUGGAGAUUUUGGUCUGGCGAGAACACAGCCGGAGGACUCGGAGCAUUCCUUCGAGACGGAGGUGGUUGGAACUCUAGGAUACUUGGUACCGGAAUAUGCAGCGUUGGGGAAAGCUUCGACCAACCAAGACCGAUGUUUAUUCAUUUGGAGUGGUGCUGUUGCAGUUGAUUACCGGACUGAAGACAACAGACAAGAGACUUGGCGGGAAAGACGAUACGAUUCUGUCAUCUUUCAGGCAAGACCACAGUUGAAAGAGUGGAAUUACCCUGAUCUGAUUGAUCCCAGAAUUCUUGAUUCCCAUGAUGUUCAUCAAUUGUUUGGGAUGGUUCGAGUGGCAGAGAAAUGUUUGAGCAGAGAUCCUCAGAAGAGAUUACCGAUGGAUAAGGUAACCUCGAUUAUUGCUGACUUAAGUAUCGGAGUGUCUACCCCGAGAAUCCACCUCGGGGCUUUGCAGGUCAAUUCAAAGUGUAGAUACGGACUGAAGAAGGACUUCUGGUUUGGUGCAGUUACAAAUCGCUUAAUGGAUUGUGACAAAGCUUGUAAUAUCAGAGACUUCUGGCCGGCUAAUUCAGAUUCCGGGAGCAGAGACUCCUCUGGGUCACCGGAAGAUGAUUCCAGCUUUGCUAUGGAAACUACAUCUAUUUCGAUAGGUAGCAUGAAUCAAAUUAGUUCAAGAUUGCUGCCAAUUCCCUCCAUACAAGUCCUCCAUUCCAGGAAAACAAGCUUCUCCACUCUCUACGGUGAAUCAACUUCCGGAAGUGAAGAGUUACGAGUACUAGCAGAAAAUAAGUCUUACGGUAUGAGUGGUAUCUCUAAGUUCAUGCUUGUUAAUUGCCUGAAUAACAGUCUGUUGCAUGGAAAACAAUUCGUGUUGGAUUAUCAAAUUACUAAGUUCCACAAGCAUGCAUUUGAAAAUUCUGCAUUUCGUGUCAAAAUUUCCCCUCAAACAGGAAUGAUGUCUAAGAAAACCCAUUUCAUUCAUACAUUCAAGUGAUCAGAAAACGGGUGCAAAUCAAAAGAUCAAAAACUA